CUGAUCUGACCCGACCGCCAAAUCGCUCCUUCACACGACAAUGCCAGUUGGCUCGACCCGACGAUAGGCAUUUCAUUCGUGCUCUGCUAUAUCUCUACUCUCUAGGAUAAUACCAACUGUGUCGCUACCACUUUCCCUCGUCAGCCAUUAUUACCAGCAGGCUGCCAGCAUCUGCCCGCUACCAGUGACGACUCGUCUCAGUCAUACAAACGACCAGAUGCAAGCUCAAGCACGUUCCCGUAAGCGCGCGGCCGACGGCAGUGCACAAGACGCUUCGUACCAGUACACGCAGCAGGUGCCAGACGGAGCCUUCGGCGCGAACGACCCACUGGCUACAUACCGAAACCCUCUCUCGAACGACGUAUCCAACAGCUUUGCCGAGUUCGCGCCUUUUGACAACCCUGGCAACAAUCCAGCCGCCGCUGCCAAUUUCUUUCCCCAGCAAGUGCCUACUUCUCAGGCGCCCAAUUACGGUCAAGCUGUCGCUCCUCCCUCGAAUCAGCUCGUCCGCAGGAACACGAACCAGCAAGUCGCUCGCACGCCUCAAAGGAACCAAUGGAGUGGUAACUUCGCAAAUCAGACCGACCGUGUAUGGGAGGACAUGGAGCAUGAAGAAGAGCAGGACUUGGACCAGAAGGCCGCAAUUGCGAAAAAGGACGCCCAAGCAAAGCGAAAACAGAUACCGCCAUUCGUCCAAAAGCUGAGCAGCUUCCUCGACUCGUCCAAUAACACCGAACUGAUCCGCUGGUCGGAUGAUGGCAAUUCGUUUAUCGUUCUCGAUGAAGACGAAUUCGCCCGUACGCUAAUUCCGGAACUCUUCAAACACAACAACUAUGCAUCAUUCGUGCGUCAACUCAACAUGUACGGCUUCCACAAGAAGGUUGGCCUGAAUGCCAACUCGAUGAAAGCGGCCGAGAAGAAAGUCAAGGAUCCUAGCGUCUACUGGCACGAAUACUUCAAGAGAGGUCGACCCGAUCUGCUGUGGCUCAUUCAAAAACCUGCGGCCAAAUCCUCGGGCUCCAAAAGGAAAAGAGACCUAGACAAGCGCGAGCCGGGCGACAGCGAUGAUGAUCAGAAGAACUCUCCUGACGCCGGCGACGGAGCUGCGGGCCUGAUGACCACCCUCCCGCGGCAGGAUAUGGGUAAUUUCCGCUCGGAGCUACAAAAACUGCAACGCCAGCAGAGUGUCAUAUCCAAGAUGAUCACUUCGCUGAAGGACCAGAACGAGCAGUUCUAUCGCCAAGCGACUGCUUUCCAGGCUCUUCAUGACAGACACGAAAACUCUAUCAACGCCAUUCUCACCUUCCUGGCCACCUUCUACAACCGUAGCUUAGAUGGACAUUCCGGUCCCCCGAAUUUGGCCAGUUUCCUCAGCAGUGCGUCUAUGCCGCAGCAACCCCAGCAACAAGGUAGUGUCUUUGACAUGGGCGAUGGCGACAUGAACGAGAGCAAUGUCAACAACCCAAACAAUCAACUGCAACGCUACCAAAAACCACGACCUUUACUGUUGCCAGCGCCGAACCCGCAGAACCUCUCUGCUUCACCCUUCUCCAAUGCCACGCCUUCUGUCCGCUCGUCCACUAGUCCCGGUCCUGCGCACCAAGGCCAGCAGCCAGCGCAAUAUGGGCCACACCCACCCCAACCACGACCUCACCAACAGCAACAACCUCAAAGAGCCUCGGUGACCCCCGUGGUCAAGGACGACGCACCUACACCCGACUUCAUCAACCAAUACCCGGAGAAUGACGACGUGAUGAAUCUCAUCCAUAAUGUCAAUGCGAGCAAUUCGCCCAACAACGGCGGCGGCGCUGGAAACUAUGACAUCAACAGUGCGCUGGAUCACUUGCAGGCAGUCAACAGCAACAGCCCACUAACGCCACAACAACGUGAGGACAUGCUCUCGAUGAUAGCAGCAUCUGGGGCUACAGGCGCAGGCGCCACGGCCGCUCAACCCGGUGCCAACAACGCCCUCAUGAUGCCCAAUCCACCAUCAAUGCCAUCGCUCGACGCACUCCGCCAGAACAAACAGCACCUCGACAUGCUGACCAAGCUACAACAGGAGCAAGACUCCAAGGUCGCAGAUCUGGCAGGACGUCUCCAACCGCUUUCCCCCACAGGUGCUAUUCCAGGCAUCAACGCCAACAACUUUGAUGAGUUGGGCAACCCCGGUGAUUUUGAUCUUAGCAGCUACAUCAAUGACCCGGAUGAUGGAUACUUCAACGCUUUUGGCCCUUCGGACACGACAUCUGCAGCUCAACAGUCUGCCUACCAGAGCACCUCGGCACCGACACAGGAUGUGAAUGAUGAUCUUGGCUUCACCUGGGACUACAACCAAACAGGAAUGUCGGAUGACCUCUUUGGCGACAGCGGAGGUGGCGGCGGUGGCACAGGAGUCAAUGACGGCAACAUGAGCAUGGAUGAGCGAUCAGGCAGGGUAGUCGGAAGUGUCAGCUCAGCCGGCACAAGUCCACCAGACGCGACGAGAGCAACAGCAGAAGAUGAAGAAACACCGAGCAAGAGACGAAAGACGAAUAAUUAGGCAGAAUUCGCAACAUUCGUAGAGAAUCGAUGGGAAAAUGGCUAGAACAGAUUUUUCAUGGCUAUAGAAUACCUCGUUUUCCCUUUCUUGGCCCUCUGGCGUUUGGCAUACAGGUUGCUUGUCAAGGUAUCGGAAGAUGAUCCCUCCUCCAGUCUCUUUUCUUUCCUGUUUUUCGCUCGCUAUAUAAUCUCUACUCGAUUAGAGAACUUCCGGCAUAGAUGCUGGAUUAUUACCA